GAAAUCUCGGUGAUGAUAUGAAUGUCAGAUCGCCAUACUACCACAUAAAAAGACAAUGUGCAAGCUGUCUUCGCCUCUGUACAAUCCCACCAUGUAUGUACAGAAGACGGGGUCUGGGAUCGACAAUGUUAGAUCCUCUGCCAGGAGGAAUUUCCAAAUGCCUGGCAUUCACACUUUUCAUUAUCUAAGCUGAUUAGCCAUCCAAACAAGUUACUAGUACUUAAUAAUUAUAAAAACAAAACCAUCCAGGUAACAUAGCUUAAGAACUUUUAAAAAAUCAAGUGCCCCCAUCUGGAAACCAAAAUUAAAUUUUCAUUGUUCGUAAAGCAAAAGUCACAGGAAAGGUGCUUGUUGAGAGCGUCUUCAGAGCUAAUGCAGAGAGGGUAGAUGCGGUUCCUGCUCCAACACUCUUUCUCAUGAAAGUCAAAGAGCAUCACCCCUUCCUCUGUUCUUCUUAGGUUUCCCCUGCAUCUGAUCUCUCUCUCUCUCUCUCCAUUGUUUCUGUUCCAAAAAACUCCGUCAGGGUAUGAUUCUUUUCGUUUUAGUGUCAUUUAUCAUCUUUUUGUGUAUUAAUUGACUGUCUUGAGCAGAUUGCAUAUCAUGUAAUGUUCCAGACUAGGUUAGUGGUAAAGGAAAUAGGUGAUACAAUGCCCUUUCUUUUCCUUUCUUAUUUAUUUGUUUAUUUUGGUCUUGAAGCUUUUGUUCUAUGAACCAGUUUAGAAAUGAUUCGAUGGUAAUGAUCAGUAUUUGAAGCAGAUUGCUCAGGAUCACUUUGCAAUGGCGUUGAGCAGAGCUUCCGCACCUACUUCCUCAGAUCAUCCAUGGAAAUACGACGUGUUCUUGAGCUUUAGGGGUGAAGAUACCCGCAAGAAUUUUACAGAUCAUUUAUAUGACAAAUUUAAAACUAAAGCAAUUAAAACUUUCAGAGACAACCUAGAGCUUGAAAGAGGUAAAAAUUUCUCCAGAUCUCUUUCGCGCAAUAGAAGAAUCAAGGUUGGCCAUCAUUGUUCUCUCCGCGAAUUAUGCUUCAUCCGCCUGAUGCUUGGAUGAACUUUAAAAAAUUGUUGAAUGCAUGGAAGCUAGGAAUAAAAUUUUGCCAAUAUUUUAUGAUGUGGAUCCCUCCAAUGUUCGAAACCAAAUGGGGACUUUUUCAGAAGCCUUCAACAAGCACGAAAAAAAACUUCAGAGAAGACUUAGCAAAGGUGCAACACUGGGGAGCUGCUUUAACAAAAGUGGGUGAUAUCGCUGGGUGGACUUCGAAGGAUAGGUAUGAAACAGAACUUAUCAAAGAAAUCGUUGAGGCUGUGUGGAACAAAGCGUAUCCUAGAUUCACAUGGUUAUGUCAAACAGAGACACUAAUUGGAAUUGGUAUGACACUCGAGCAACUGGAUUUGCUUUUAGAUACCGAGGCUAAUGAUGUUCACUUUAUAGGUACAUGGUCGAUGGGUAGGAUCGGCAAGACAACCAUUGCUAGACUAGUUUAUGAGAGAAUAUCCCAUAAUUGUGAAGUUAGCAGCUUUCUUGGUAAUGCGAGGGAGGUUUUGUGCAACACAUGGUCUCCCCCGUCUACAAAAACAGCUUCUUUCCACAGCCUACAAGGAAAAGUUUACACAAGUUUGGGACGUUUAUAGUAGAACAACAAUGACAAAGAUGAUGUAGAUCAAUUAAACCAACUACAAACAUUGGCUGGAAAGAAAGGUUGGUUUCGUUGUGCGGAAAAACGCUCUUCAACUUUUUAGUUGGAAAGCCUUUAGAAAUGAUCAGCCUGAAGAAGAUUAUGUGGUAUGCAGGAGGCCUUCCAUUAGCUCUCAAAACUUUGGGGUCUUUUCUGUAUAUAAGAGACCAAGAUGCGUAGAAUGGUGCGUUGGAUGGUCCAAAGAAAAUUCCUAAGAACAACUUUUUAUACUUUAAAAAUAAGUUAUGAUGGAUUAGAUGCUUUGCAAAAGAGAGUUUUUCUCGACGUUGCAUGUUUCCGCAAGGGGAUAUACCAGAAUCGAGUAAUUUAAAUAUUAAACAGCUGUGGAUAUUGUGGUCGUAUUGUGAUGGAUGUUCCCGUCGAGAAAUCUCUCAAUGGAAACAAAUCUAGCAAUGUAAAUAUGCAUGAUUUAAUACAAGAAAUGGCAUGGGAAAUUGUUCAUCAAGAUUCGUAUGAUGAGCUUGGUCGGUGUAGUCGGUUGUUCCUUCGGAAAGACAUUUUUCAUGUACUCAUGAAGAAUACGGAGAACGGUAUUAUUUCUCCUAACAUGUUAUGUAUGACUUUGAUUCUGGAAUUAAUUCUCCCAUAUUCUUUUUUAAUCAGGGAACAAAAUCAAUCAAAGGCAUAGUCGGAGUAGGAUUCUCUUC